AUGCGGCAACGCGCCGAAAAAACAGCCGCGAUCUUUUUAAAUAAUCUACGCAAACAAAGCGAACCACCACAACAACCAGUUAACCCGAAUCGCCGCUAUAAACGCUCAAAAAGUGUUCCAGCAAUCUCUCACGAACCUGUGGUUGAAGAUGAAGAUGUUAUUGAAGUCAUUAAAGACACAGCCUGGGAUGGCAUUAAAUAUUUGGGUUCUCAAAGCAGAAGCACCAGAAUCUGGUGGAUGUCGGUGAUGAUCACAUUUUUAUGCAUAGCAAUCUACCAAAUCCUUGAGCAAGUGCAGCUUUAUCGUAAAAAUCCGAUUUCGACAAAUAUAGAUGUUGAUUAUCCAAAGACAGUAAACUUCCCGGUGGUCGCUAUUUGUAAUAAUAAUAAAUUCAGACUAUCUUACCUAGCCGGUCUUCAUGGAAAGCUAAAAUCUUCGUCCAGACAAAGGCGAAAUACCGAAAUAAAGGGUGUACUGAAGCGGUCGAAGAAUCCAUUCGAUCAGGUACUCUACAACCACGCCGACGCCGAUGCUGUAACAUUUUUGAACCAGGCCAGCCACCAUAUCGACGAUAUACUCGUCAAAUGUGUGCUCCCUAAUGGUACAUUAUGUUCUUCAUCCGAUUUCUAUCCAAUGUGGACGGUAGAGGGGUUGUGUUGGGCGAUAAACAUCGAUGCACAGAAACCGAUUUCUGUAAAUGGAGCAGGUCCACUUUAUGGCCUCCAGCUUUUGCUAAAUGUAGAGAGCUACGAACGGAUCAAUUCGCCCCAUCUUUACUUCCAUUCCACGGCUCUUCCUGGCUUCAAGAUCCUUGCCUUCAAUCAAACGGAUUUCCCGAUCAGUACCUCUGAUGCUAUGAACGUUCCACCUGGAUUUACUACAUAUCUGCCGUUAUCGUUGCAAGAGUAUUCCAAGCUGGAAAGCACUGGCUGUCGCGCUGAGGGCGAUGCUGAGAUAGCAGCGCGUGAGGGAGACUAUUUCUCACCCCAAAAUGCCAAGGGUUGCAAAGCCAGGCGCAUCGCUGAGCGAGUCGAACGAAAAUGUGAUUGUUCCAUGAGGGGGUUGCAUGCUGACUUUUUGAGGAAUGCUUUUAAAGCACCAGAAAUACGCAACUGUACGGUAGCCGAUUUCUUCGGUUGUGCCCGAGAAGUGAUCAUCGAGGAUUUAAAUCGGUUGCCGACUGACUUGAUGCCAAGUGGCAAAGAGGAUAUUUUGACAGAAGAUGAGGAAGAACUCGACGAACCCAGUGAACACAAAUCACGCCCAAAUAUCUAUGAUACGAUUGAUGAGGAGCAUGCCGAAUCAAUCAAGUCACGCGCUACGGUAGCCUACGAAGCCCAACAAAAAUACCAGGUCGACAUUGCCGAGCGAUUCCACCGGCUGAUCAAAAAUGUUCAAAAUGCAAAGCUACGGCUAUUUGCGGCCAAGUGGGGCUGGAAUCCACAAGCUUUCACUGGUGUGUAUCAACGGAUUACGGAACGUCAUCCAUGUAUUAAGAAUAUUACGAAUGGGUACAAGGACAUUGUCAUGUACUUUGCCCUACCAUCGAAUCGACCAGAAGAAUAUCGAGCCCAGCUCCUUUUAAAGAUUGUCGAUCCGGAAACUCAUAAAAUCGAUCCGAAACGCUAUAAAUCGCUGGCCCAGGUCAGGAAUGCCUAUGGUGAGAAGAUGGAGCCCCAGCGUCAAGAGUUGCUACAUGUUCUCCGGAUGAGUAAAGAGUUGUGGACGGCGUUUAAUGAGGUUACCUACGCAAAAACGAUUGUGGCUGAUUUGACGGAAAUGGAUCGGAUUUUGGCGAAUGCGGAAAAGCUCGAAAACGCGGCCGGCAUCAAAGAAUGGGCUGAAGAAAUGAACUCUCCAGAUAUGCAAUUUUUUGUUAACGAAGAAUUCAACUCGGGAUGGUACAAAACAAUUUUCGACAACUUGGACACUAAACUUGUGAAAACGCUGCGGAAUGUGAUGAAGAACUUGUGGCCCAAACAUAAAAAGAUGAUGGCCGAGACGACGAGUUACUUGAGGACAGCUACCAUUCUAAUUUUGGCUGGAGAAGACAGUGAACAGAACAAAACAUAUGUGCGUAGAUUUUACGAGGAAAUGGAUAUUUGUAUGAAAGAGGUAAAUAUCAGCGGCGUGCAAAUACUGUCCGAAUUCAAGACGCUCUAUAAAAAGUGGAAUUCAGCCUACACGGCUCUUUUCAAAACCGAGCUUGGAAAAGUACUGGACAAAUUUGAAUUUAAUGACGAUUUUGAGCGGGAAAAUUUUGCCCUUGUCAACAUUUACAUCAACAAGAUGGCCGUCGAAAAAUGGAGUCAAGAGCCUACAUAUUCGGUUUGGAGUUUAUUAAGUGAUGUCGGCGGCUCUCUAGGUUUAUUCCUUGGCGCCUCGCUAAUUUCGUUAAUGGAAUUAAUCUAUAUUUUCCUGCACUUUGGUGGCCGGAAGUUUGGGCGUACGAUGACCGAAAAACCUAAGGUUCAACCAGCGGAAAUGGUUGUC